AUGAGAAGCAUGGAGAUGAAGGGUUCGUCUUAUAGAAGUGGUGCUCCUGACGUUUUGUCUCAGAUCUAUAAGGAGCUGCCUUAUUUUCCUAGUGUGGAUGGAGCAAAGACUUUUCUGGGAGAUUUCUGGCAUUAUUCUUUCAUGUUGAUAUGCAUUUUGGCAACUUCAGCUGAGACAUUGAAUGACAUAGUGAUGAUUUCUACAAAUAUUUUUGUUGCCCAUGGUCAAAUCAGUUUGCAUGGGAAAGAUUUCAACGGCAGACCAAUCUUAGGAGAUAAGCUUGGAGAAGCCAAAAGAAAGAAAGAAAUCAGAUUUUUUCCAGAAGGGUAUGGCUAUGAAGCUCGGCUAGUAAAGACUCUGGUGAAUGACAUAAUUAGGACAUUGGAUAGAGUGCCGUUACAAGUUGCCAAGUAUCCAGUAGAAUUGGACAAUGUGAAGAAUGUGUUCAUUCAAAAAUUAAAUCUAAAUUCAGUGGAUGAUGUGGUUAAAAUUGGAAUAUGGGGUGUUGGUGGUAUUGGCAAGACAACAGUUGCAAAGGCUGUCUACAAUCAAAUUUAUUCUGAUUUUGAAGCUGCCUCCUUCGUAUUUAAUGUCUGUACCAAUGCUGCAGAUUCCAUAGGCCUCACAAAUGUACAGAAACAACUUCUGGAAGAGCUAACUAGAUAUGAUGGAAAAGUGCACAAUGUUGACAAGGGCAUAUCUUUGUUUAGAGAUCGUUUGAGAGGAAAACGUCUCCUACUUAUUUUGGAUGAUGUGGAUACUAUUGUACAAUUCAAUUCUUUGGUUGGGGAUUGGCUAGUUCCUGGCAGCAGAAUUAUUAUAACAUCCAGAGACAAACACAUUCUCAAUGUUGCUGGGAUUCCAUCCUCAUGCAUCCAUGAGAUGAAUGGAUUGGAGAUAAAUGAAGGUCUCCAAUUAUUUAGUUGGCAUGCCUUUCUUAGAACAUCUCCAAGUCCUAGUUAUGAAGAUCUGACUAAAAGAAUAGUGAAAGCCUGUAAGGGGCAUCCUCUUUCUUUGGAAGUCAUUGGAUCCUACUUAUAUGAUAAGCAGGAUAACAUAGGUUGUUGGACCGAUGCUCUUCGAAACAUUAUUCUCAACCCAGAGAUUCAUGAAAGACUCUACAUCAGUUAUAGCGCUCUUAGUGAUGAUGAAAAAGAAAUGUUUGUCGACAUUGCCUGCUUCUUUAUUGGGGAAAACAAAAGAUUUCCUAUUGUUCUCUGGAAAUCCUUGUACAGGAUGGUAGACAGUGUUGUAUGUAAUCUUUCGAUGAAAUUACUAAUAAAGAUUGACGACAGAGGUAUAUUUGAUAUGCAUGACCAUUUGCAAGACAUGGGGCGGUUGAUUGCUGAAAAAGAAAAAAGGGGUACCCGACUAUGGGAGAAAGAGGGUACCCGACUAGAGAAGGCUGCCCAUUCAAGCACCGUAUCCAACAUCAAUUUCUCUCGCCUUCGGCUCAGUGGAGGCAAUCUACAAAGGCUUAAAAUGAUGUGCAGACCUGGACUUUGCUAUCUUCAUUUGUAGAAUAUGCCCAUCGAUGUCCUGACAGAAGACACGUUGGCUAUGCUUCCUAAGAGUUUGAUAUGGUUAAAGUUAGAAGAUUGUACCUUUGCAGUUGGGAAGAAUAGAGCACUGAAGGAGAUCCUUACAGCAAUAAGAAAGAUAGAUAGAGCACUAAGGAAACUGCGUCACUGCAUAAUUGUUGGCAAUAUUAGGCAAUUGAAGAUUAUGCAACUAAAUGACUGCCAUUUCUUCGACAGCCUUUCUGUCUCCUCCAUAUUUUCACUUCUUAAUAUACAAUUGCUACAGCAUUUGUACUUGAAAGGGUGUGAAGGCUUAAAUAACUUCCCUGACACUAUUGGCAACCCGUCACAACUGCAUCACUUGGAAUGGUAUUAUUGUGAAGGUUUAAAUAACCUUCUUCACACCAUUGGCAACCUAUCACAACUGCAGAGCUUGUACUUGGAAGGGUGUGAUAGGUUAAAUAAUCUCCCUCAUACCAUUGGUAACCUGUCACAGCUUCAACACUUGAACUUGAGAUGGUGUGAUAGAUUAAAUUAUCUUCCUGGUACUAUUGGUAAUUUAUCACAACUGCAACAUUUAGAUUUGGGAAGGUGUGAAAGCUUAAAUCUUCC